AUGGAACACAUACUUUGGUCAUGUGUUUUCAGCGAGCAGCUAUGGCAUUGGAUGAGUGGUAUAUUUAAAUGCUCUAAGACAACCAACUUUGAGGAGAUUUUGAAUGGUGCAAAAGGAAAAAGCCCUGCUAUAAAGGAAGUGUGGAACAUUUGGUCUUUUAAUAUAACGGUGGAACUGUGGUUUCUAAGGAACUCCAUAAUAUACGAGGCUGUGACAAUUAAUGUUGAAGCAUUCAAACAGAAAAUUAUGAGAAUUACCAAGGAAGGAAGUAUAAGAAUGAGAGGUGAAAUGAUGGGGAGUGUGUAUGAUCUGCAAAUACUUUUAUUCUUUGGAAUCUCUGUAAUAAGAUCAAAAGCUAUAAAUGUGAAGCAAUGUUUCUUUAAAUCGCCUGAAGUUAAUCAAGCACUAAUUUGUUGUGAUGGAGCGUCAAAUGGCAAUCCAGGAAUGGCAGGCUUGGGAUUUGUGGCCAAAGAUAAUUUAAGUGGUUCUAUUGGAGCAGCUUCAGGUGGAAUGGGAAUAGCAACAAACUACUUAGCUGAAGUAAUGGCAUUGAUAGUGGCAGGUGAAUGGGCCAUUAACAAACAUUUUCAGCAUGUGUGUUUUAGUCUUGACUCAAAGGCAGUAUUAGUUGCUUUUUCAAACAAUAAGGUGCCAUGGAUUGUGUUGAGUAGAUGGGAACAAAUAAAGAAGUUAACCCGCUUCAUUACCUUGAGACAUUCUUAUAGGGAGACAAACUUCUCUACUGACAAUAUGGCAAAGAAAGGUGUUUUGAUGAAAAGAGGAGCAGUCAUUUACUAUGAAGGAAAACCACAGUUCUUAGGGAAACUGGAAAAUGAAGAUGACAUGUACUUUAGAUUUUAA